CUACGAUGGCUGCUCCUGUUUCUGUAGUGAAUGAAAUAUUAUUUGUACACCGUUGUUCGUAAAGGAUAGACAUAGUAAUCAGAUAGUAAGCCAAAAGCCGUACGUCGUGGAUUUGUCACGUUAAUAAUUAUUAAAUUUACAAGGUUAAAUAUGCGGUAGUUUGGACGUGGCUUUGGCGUUAAUUAAAAAUAAUUUCCCCAGGCAUUGUCAAUUUAGCAAGAUAAUAAUUAUUGAAAGUAAAGUUUGUUACUGUAGGCCUAGUUAUCACUUUAAGCAAUUAUCACAAGCGAUGCUACAUGGUUUUAUAGUGCUGCUACUACGUACACGCUUUACAUCCGAGGGGACUGAAAGGACUGGUGAAUGGCCGUCGUUUUUAUAUUGUUGCGUAACGUUAAGUGCUCGGACACGGGACACUGGACAGUGACUCACAGUGUAGAUCAUUCAGAAGGUCACUCUCAUUGCUCUGUCGCUGUUCCGAUGCUGGGCCUCUGCUACGAGAGAGUCCUAACAUCUCCGAGUGACUCAUCCCGCAUCUCAGGAAGCCCAUUCGAAAUUUCUUCAGUAUGACUAGCGAGAUCGAGAUGUCAAAUCAGGCGAGACAGGCGACGGCAGGUCAGGCCGAACCGGACGCCGCCAGCGAGACGACCUGGCUGAAGUCCGGUGCCGAGACCAACGGUCAGACGUGGACGGGCACGAUCACGCGCGGCCAGAAGGUCGGAGAGCUGGUGGAGGUGCAGCUAACCAGCAAGGAGCUGGACGCAAUGCAGAAGAGCUACACAGAGGAGCAGGAAGUGCUGGAGCAUCGCUGCGAGUGCAGCGCGCGCAGCGGCCCGCACGUCUGCGCGCUGGGCGUCGUCGCCAUGCCGAUCGCUCUUCUAUUCUCGGCGGCCGUCACGUUCUACCAGGGCACGAUCACGUGGUACAACAUGGUGCUGUACUUUUCCGACGAGCGGACGUUCUGGCACAGACUGUUUGUCGCGCCGCUGCUCGUGCUGUUCUACCCGGCGCUCAUCCUCGUCGUUGUCGUCGCCGUGUCGCUGUACGCUGCGGUCGUGCAGGUAUCGUGGCAUCUGUCGAAGUGGUGGGCCGAGAUCAGAGACUUUGAGAAGGGAGUGUGCGGCCUCGUGUGUAUGACGCUGAGGCUUGAGAGCUGCUCGCCCUACGACGUCGUGCUGCUGGAAAAGACGUUGGAGCUUCCACAACAGGCGCCCCCACAUGGCGACGUCGGCCAGAGUAAUUUGUGAUGUAUGCAAGCAUUGUCAAGACGCCUACUGUCUACAGUAUUGAGAGAUCCCUGUGGGUAGAGAGUCUCUGAUCGAUUGUCGAUGGGUCGUGAAAUUAUAAUUGGUGACAUUAGAAUGGGUGAAAUACUGUAUGGUUUUUUUGAUUUUUAGCGUAUACUUACGAGGGAAGUCGUCAGACAUUUUUAAGAGUUUCAGUUUCAGCUAGUGUAAUCAGGGUCUUACUGUACUUUUUAAUCUGUACAUUAGGCCAUUUCCAUAGCUGUUGCAGAAACAAAGACUAAUGUAGUAACAUUGGUGAAACUCGAGCAAGGGUUCACUCUAGGUUGCAGUGUAUAAUUUCAACAACAGGAACACUUUUAUUACCAGCCACGUUUAGAACUUUGUUGUGAAAUUGUUGCUUCUGCUUUGCAACAUUGAAGUUGCUAGAUGUGUUUUAAAUGAGCCUGCCAUGUGUAAUGUUCCAGGUUCAUAUGCAGUUGUGCAUCAGUCCUUGUGUAGCAUAGUCAAAAGUUUAUUAGAAUAUGUCUUUAUAUACAUUGAGCCAUGUAUGAAAUUAACAUACUAUAUCAUUGAAGUCGAAACAAUAUUGGUUUCUCAUCAUACGAUAUGUUGUUAACACUUCUAGUUGAUGUUUUUACAUUUUCUUUUUCAAUAUGUUAACAGUAGUAGUCUGUAGUGUGAACUGAUAACACAUAUACACCCUGAUUCAUAGAAUUCCAUAAGGUUGGUCCACUCAAGACUUGUACAUGAUUUAUUUUUUAUCAUUGUUGUCUUUUAGAAUGUAUGUUUACUAGUUACUACCUCUUAUUUCAAAUUAGUUCAUUUAAAGGAUCGAUAAUGGUGGUGCAGUAUUAGUUUGUGUGUGUGUCGUAAAACUGCAAAUAAUUUGUGAUAUUUAAUGCAGAAUUUACUAAUUUUUAUCUUUCAGAUUUAAUGUUCAGACAUAUAACUUCUAUACUAAUAAUAAGUAUGGAAACGUCAUGAAAUGAGAGUGUUGUAUUGAUGAGCUCGAUCUUGUAUUGUGAGUGAUAGUGGACCCAUGAUCAAAAUCAAAAUGCAUAUAGCUGUUUAUAUGUGCACGUUAUAUUUCUAGGUUAACUAGCACUUGCAAUCUUUUAUGCAAGUAUAAUCAAGAGUACAUUAGUAAUAUUUUAUUACUAUGUAUUGUGCUAUUGGUAUCAUCUCUGUGGUAUUUAUGUUUUCUUACAAUCUGUGGUGAUUGAUGAGGGAUAAUCAAUGUGUGGUUAUAUUAAAUAAGUACACAUAUCAGUUUAGGUGCAUGCUUUACAUUGUGCUGUUGUUUAUAAUGAUACGUUUAGAUGAAAGCUAACUCAUUCUCACGUAGAUCAUUGUUUGAUUUGAUGAAAUAUCCUUUUAAAUUUGUAAUUGUUUAUAAUUAGUUUAUAGAACAAUGCCCCCCUAAGUAGAUCUGUUUUACUUCCAGAGCAAUUUGAGUGUAACUUGCGCUGUGAUGUUUUUAUGAUGUUGUGUACAGUAAUGUGUUCCACUUUACUGUGAAACAGAAAAUUAUUGAAAUCUCACUGCUUCUUAAUUGUUAGUUGCGCAUUUAUUUACAAGUUUUCGAGAGUAUGGUUUAUGUUUUUAUAGAUAAUUAACACCGUUAUAUGUUAUAGGAAGUUAUUAUAUGUUGGAACUUAAUUGUACAGCGACUGAGAUUCCAGAUAUUUCAUUUUUAAAUAAAGGAAUAUGUAUGUGAUUUGUAAACAUA